AUGGCAUCCUUUGUCCCUCGGGCGGUGUUCUCGGCGUCAGAGAACAUCCAGCGAAGCUACUUUCUGGGGCAUCAUCGAGCUGGUCUCGACAAAAUGAAAGCAAUGCUGGACUCCGUUGACCAUGUGAUCGAAUGUCGAGACUUCCGUGUCCCCGCGACUUCCAUAAACCCGCUAUUUGAAGAGGCAUUGGGCGAGAAGAGCCGGACAAUUGUCUACACAAAGAGGGACCUAGGAGCUGACUCGGAGCUAGAAUCACGGAUGAGAGAAAGACUCAUCUCACACUGGGAGCAGAAAUCUACAAGGGUGUUCUUCGCGAGUAGAAGCCUGAGGAACUCGGUCACGCCGUUAGCGAAAUAUAUCAAAGGACUCCCGGUGGCCGCGAAUAGCAUAAUUGGAUACCGCAUGCUGGUUGUUGGAAUGCCGAAUGUUGGGAAAUCAACCCUGAUCAAUAAGCUGCGGUCGAUGACCAACAUUAAAAAUGUUAGGAAAUCUGCAGUUGUCAGAACUGGCGCGGACCCAGGAAUCACAAGGAAGAUCGGGACAUCUAUAAAGCUAUUUCAGAAGGACGAUGUGGGCAUUUACGUAUAUGACACACCAGGUGUGUUCGUGCCGUAUAUGUCUGACCCAGACAGCAUGUUGAAAAUGGCCCUCUGCGGAAUCAUUAAAGACUCCCUGGUUCCUAUUGUUACCUUGGCCGACUACCUUCUUUUCCACAUGAACUGCCACUCAUUAUCAAACAUGUACAAAGCCUUUUGUCCCCCGACCAAUGAUGUUAUGGAGCUACUGGAUGCAAUGGCAAAAAAGGCCGGCCGACUUGUGAAAGGAGGCGAGCCGGACUACGAGGCAGCCGCACGGCUCUUCAUCACGCAAUGGCGAGAGGGAAAGCUUGGGCUAUUCAUGCUUGAUGAUGUAGCGAGGAUCUCCUGGGAGAAGAAGAACGCCAAAUUGGGGAACACCGACUCGGCAGCCGGAACCUCGCUGGAUUUUACGCCUGAAAGAGCCCGGCGAAUACUCGCGACGGGGGCAGUAUAA